AUGGAUCUCUCUCGGAUUCUUGCUGCGAAUAUUGACGGGCGCACCCAAAACACGCGCUAUCGUCAAUCCCAAUUGCAGAAGCUCCAAUCGGCUCUCGUGGGGCAUAUUGCUGAUAUUCAAGAUGCCAUUCAUGCAGAUUCAGGACAUACUCGAAUUGAAGUGCGCGCGGAAAUUGUACUCGCGUUGCAAGAGCUACGAGCGCAUUACUCGUGUUUGAGUCUGGAGAAAGAUCUCAGUGCUGAGUAUCGAAUCGCGCAAGGUAAGGACAAUCCAGAUGGUGUGCGCGGUGUCGGAAUAGUAUACAUUGUGCCGAGUGUUCAUACGCCAUUUUACUCAAUCAUAUCGGCACUCAGCGCGGCACUGGCAGCGGGCAAUUGCGUUAUCCUUGAGUUACCUCAAACAACAAGCUUGCUUCCAGCACUACUUCGGAGCAUACUGCCCGACGCAUUGGACCAUGAUACUUUCACCAUUACGGCGCAAAGGCCGGACGCAUCAUUCCUGAGCAAAGCUCUGAUGGUUGUGCAGACAGGCGAGAGUUAUGCAGGGCUUGUCUCGCCCGCAAAUCUGAGAGUGGUAGCCAUUGUUGAUCGCUCAGGCGAUGUUGGCCAAGCAGCAGAGGCAUUGGUUGCAGCACGAUUUGCACUGGGUGGUCGCUCAACAUAUAGCCCGGAUGUGGUAUUGGUACACGAAUUUGCCAUGAAGCCUUUCGUGGAAGCUGUGAUCACGCAUGCAUCCAAGUAUCUUGCGGGCGAGAAUGGGGAAGGCAGAUGUCUUUCUCGGAAAUCCGCUCUAUUGGAAACUAUUCAGAAAGACCGUACUUCUCGAGUGCUGGUUUCGGGAAGCAAUUGGGGUGUUGUUGAAGUCCAGGAUCGCAAAUCAUCGCUUCUGAGAAAGAAGAUUGACGAGAAAGUACUCCUGAUCCACUCGGUUACUAGCCUGGACGACGCAAUUGAUACAAAUACCGAAACAUUGGCUGCAACUUAUGCCUUCGCUGCGCCAUCGUCAGCCAAAUAUCUCACGCAAUUCAUCGACUCCCACAUCUCGUGGGUGAACCAUGUCCCUAGCCACAUGCUCGUCGGUCCUGCCAUACCCAAAGACACACCUCUCACGCAAACCCGCUAUACAAAGAGCCAAUUCGAGGUUCCACGCCCGCAGAUACUCAAACCAGUCCCGAACUCCACUGAUAUAGUCCUGGGCAACACAGCAAAAGCCGAUAAGCUGUGGAGGGAGGCUAUUGCACCGCUGCCGUCGACAAAGCAGAGACCUGGGUUCAAGAUCGGAUUCUUCGAGCAAGGUAUCAUCACAGGUGGAUUGAUCACGCUAGGUUCGCUUAUUGCAACGGCUUCAACCUUGGGAUACUAUACUUGGACUUUCUUCAGGGGUUAA